AUGGCAAAACAGGUCGUUUUUUCUGGGAUUUUUAGCAACAACAAGAAGUCUAACCCUGAUUUUUUCAACUGGAAUCGAGUCAAGGUUCGAUAUUGUGAUGGCUCAUCGUUCACAGGCGACAUAGAAAAAGUUGAUCCUGAAACGGGACUUUACUAUCGUGGAGCGAGGGUAUUUGCUGCAGUAAUGGAGGACCUAUUUGGGCAAGGAAUGUCGAACGCUCAAAAUGCAGUUCUAUCUGGAUGCUCGGCUGGCGGGUUAACAUCGAUUCUUCAUUGUGAUAAAUUCGCGGCACUUUUUUCUCACAACACGAAAGUCAAAUGCUUUGCCGAUGCCGGUUUCUUUCUUGACGCGAACGAUAUCUUGGGUGUUGCGCGUAUCGAGACUUUCUACAACGAUGUUGUCACGACGCAUGGGUCGAAACGGAAUUUACCGCAAUCGUGCACAUCGAAAAUGAAAAUGAAGCCGAGCCUGUGUUUUUUCCCACAAAAUGUGGUGCAACACAUUAAGACACCACUUUUCAUUGUAAAUGCUGCUUAUGAUUCAUGGCAGAUUAAGAACACCCUGGUACCUGGAGCUGCUGAUCCACAUGGCAAGUGGCACAAUUGCAAGGCUGAGAUAACAAAAUGUUCGCCGGAUCAAAUCGAAACCAUGCAAAGCUACAGAUCAAAGUUUAUAGACGCGUUGACGAACGCAUUGCAUUCUUCCAAGUCGGAAGGAUACUUCAUCAACUCUUGCUACGCGCACUGUCAAACCGAAACACAAGAAACGUGGCUUCGUAAAGACUCUCCCCAGUUGAACCAAACGACGAUAGCUAAAGCAGUGGGAGAUUGGUAUUACGACCGGAGUUCGUUUAAGAGUAUCGAUUGCCCGUAUCCUUGCGACAAAACGUGCCACAAUCGGGUUUAUGAGCCUUCAGAAAUGUAG